AUGUGGACCCCAAUGCUGCUGAGCUGUGUCCUAUUGCUGGUACUGCCCAGCAUGUGGGGGGCCCAGAUGGGCUUGGCCCCCCUGGAGGGUAUCGGAAGACCGGACCAGGCCCUAUUUCCAGAGCUACCAGGCCUGGCCCUGCAGCCCUCGCUGAAGGAAACCAGUGCGGAUCAGGCUGAAGAGGCCCUGCUGCAAGAAGCCAAGGCUUUGGCAGAAGUGCUGGAUCCUCAGGGCCGGGAACCCCGCACCCCACGUCGCUGUGUCCGGCUGCAAGAGUCCUGCCUGGGCCACCAGGUACCGUGCUGUGAUCCAUGUGCCACGUGCUACUGCCGUUUCUUCAAUGCCUUCUGCUACUGCCGCAAGCUGGGUACUGCUGGGAACCCCUGCAGCCGAACCUAGGGGCCAAUGCUGGGGUCGGGACUGGGAAUGAGCACGAAUAAAGAAUGGGGCCAAUA